AUGCCUUUUAAACAACUUUAUGUUCCGUUUUUGCGUCAAUAUCUACGAUUUCCCUCAUUGUCUAUUAAACUUCUUCUAUUCAUAACCAUUUUCAUAUUUCUCAUCGGCACCAAACAAAUCUUUUCGAAUAAAACUUCUUGGUGUAAUCCAGAACAAUCAUUGUGGUGGUUUUGUCCAUGGCCAGGACCAGAAACAGUGUGUAGUUGGGACGAGCAUUUCUCCAAAGCAAAUCCAAACAAUCGAUCUCCAGCAUCCUAUCACAAAGUUCUUCGCUCUCUUCCAAAACGUCGUUCGUCUUUCCUCUUCAACAACUUAACUCUAACUCAGUGUAACGAAUCUUCUCUCGAUUUACUCAUUUUUAUCAUUUCCAAAUGUUCUCACGGUUCCAUUCGACAAUCGAUUCGACGAACCUGGGCUAAUCAACGCUUACUACAACAGUUCUUUCCUGAUCUUCACAUCAAACUAUUGUUUCUACUCGACAAUGACCCGCAUUCAACACCAAAACUCGUUCUUGAACAUCAGUUUUAUCAAGAUCUCGUUCAAGUCACCAAUCUUCCUGAACAGUAUGACUAUGUUACACAGCGCGAAUCAGCUCUCUACGAGUUCGUUGUCAAUCGUUGUCAACAAACAAGAUUUGUGUUCAAAACUGACGAUGACAUCUUCAUCAACACGAUUCUCCUAUUGUCAAAAGUUCAAUCGUUGACGAACAAUGCCAAAAUGAAAGAUAAAACGACAAACAAGUACCUAAUGUUUGGAUUUCCGAUCGAACAUGGCUUAGUUGUUCGUCAUAGUGCCGAUCAAGUUGGACAACGAUAUGUGAUCACAAAAGAUGAAUAUUCAUGUCCAAGAUAUCCCACAUUUCUGUCCGGUUUCGGUUAUUUGAUGACUGUGGAAACGUGUUCACUAUUGUUCGAUGCUUAUGUAAGUGAUGAAAGACCAUUUCUCCUGUCCGAUGUUUAUUUCACUGGACUAUUGGCUGAGAUGAUGCAGAUUCCACGAAUGAAGAUCAUUGAAAACGUGAACUAUCGAUAUGAAAGUCAAUGUAAUGAAGAGUUCUUUCGUGAGAAAGAGAACAGUGCAUUGGCAUGUGCAGCAUCGAAUGAUCAUUUUGAUGUAAAACAGUCGAAGGGUGGUGAUCGAAGCUUGAUGAAUGACUAUAAUCGUUACUGGACAAUGUUAAUCGAACGACAUCGUACAUCUAUGAAUAGUAAAAGAUGA